GCCUACUUCCAUUUGGCAUUUUCAGCCCCCUCCCAACAAGCAUUCUAUCUGUUGUAGCUAGCGAAGCUCGGUUUCCAUCGAUCAAUGGCGUCGUCAGGAUCGUGGACGGCAAGGCAAAACAAGCUGUUUGAGAAUGCUCUGGCGGUUUACGACAAGGACACACCGGACAGGUGGCACAAUCUGGCGAGGGCUGUGGGUGGGAAAUCAGUGGAGGAAGUGAAGAGGCACUAUCAGAUGCUUGUGGAAGAUGUGAGCAAGAUUGAGGCUGGUGAGGUGCCUUUGCCUAAUUAUAGAAGAUCUGGUGGAGGAAGCACUAAGCCCUAUUCCAGGGAUAUUGAUCAAGAAGACAGGAUGAAGAGUCUGAGAAUUCAAUGAAGGAGAGAAAGCCAGAUCGAUCAGUUCAUAGAUGGAAAUAAAGAUUUUUAAGUUUCAACAUAAAAGAAAAUGCAGAACCGUCCAAGUAGCAAUAUAUAUAUAUAUAUAUAUACAUAUAUAUAUUUACACAGGACAACAAGAGUCAAAUGUGAUUAGCUAAAAUGUUGCGUUUUUCCUUUAGUUUUCCAAAAGUCAUUGUAUUUUCCUUUCAGCUCCUUUAAAUGUCCUGAGAAAAAGAAAAAAAGGCCACUUCGUU